GCGCAUGCGUUCCCGGGAGGCCCGCAGUGACCCCGAGAGCUUGCCGUCGCGUAGUGCGCAGGUAUGACGUCGCGCUUGCGCAGACGCUCGGCGCAGAGGCCUGGCGGAAGGCAAGAUGGCGCGGCCGAGGCGUCCCUCCCGCGGUUUGCGUCCUGUAGGCGUCUGAGCCGAGUUCUUCUGGAAGGAUCGGCGGCAGACGCCCUCUGUGCGUGAUGGCCCGGCAUCGGAACGUCCGGGGCUAUAACUACGAUGAAGACUUUGAAGAUGAUGAUUUGUAUGGCCAGUCUGUGGAGGAGGAGUACUGCAUUUCACCAUCAACAGCUGCUCAGUUUAUUUACUCACGACGUGACAACCCUGAAGAAGAACAUGGUUAUGAAGAUCUGAAAGAGUCUUCUGAUUCUCUUUGGAAUCACCAAUUAAGUGAAAUUGACCAAGCUCGCCUGUAUUCAUGCCUUGAUCACAUGAGAGAGGUACUGGGGGACGCUGUGCCCGAUGACAUACUGACUGAGGCAAUUUUGAAACACAAGUUUGAUGUGCAGAAGGCUUUGUCCAUGGUUCUGGAACAAGGUGGUGUGCAGACGUUGAAGGAGAAGAGUGAGCGAGCAGUGUGUGCAGGACAGCCUUCAAAAGGAGUCUUAUUUUCUUCCUUUGAAGUUUCACCCAAAAAUGUCCACCAUUCUAUUCCUCAAUCAGAAAAUCAUUUGGAUAGCAAUAGCAAACCUUUUGAUUGUUGUAGCUCAAUAGCAAAAUAUGGAUCCCAUAGUUCUUCACUUGAGCCACGUCACUAUUUACUUCAUAGAAAAGAGAAACGUGACAGACCCCAAAGUGGAAAGGAACUAGAAUCAUGUAAGUUAACAAAAGAGCUGGCUCUAGCUCACCUGAUUCAUGAUACGCCAAGAGAAUCUUGUGCAAGCCAGCUGUCAGCCAGACUGCCACCUUCAGACAGCGGGCAGAGUGAGCUGCUUAAGAGUCUAGAUGCUGAUGAGGCAAGACCUCCUGCAUCUGCAUGUGCUCCUGAAGAGGAUUUGACUUUCAAAGGAAUACCAGACUUAGAGUCCCUAAUGAGGGAGAACAUAGUAGAUAGUGGUUCUUUGGGUAUUCAGAGCAGCUCACUACCCAAUUUUCAAAGCAUUCCAGUGCAGAACAUCUUGGGAAGCCUAAGUAAUCCAUUGCACUUAUCUAGCCCAGUGGAAAAUAAUUCCAGUCUAAACACUGAAGUUGAACAAAGUGCCAAGAAUAAUAUUGUAAAAAAUAACAGUCUAUCAUUUUCCCAGCAUGAAAGUCCAUCCCUAGCUGAGCUGUUUGAGGAACACAGAGAAAACAGCUCUGGCCAGUGCUUUACUUUGUCUGACCUGUGUAACCAGUCAUCUACCAGCUUGGGUUCCCUUCCCUUGUCACAAUUGGCAAACCGCUCUCAGCCUACUAACGGAGUAUCAGAAUUAACAGGAUCUCUGUCAUCUUUGGCAUUUUGUAAAACUGCUCCCACGAGAGACCUGGAGAAUUUAUCCCUUUCUGAUUUGAUUGCAAAAACAAUUGAACUAGACAGUUCUCAGAUUAAGAGAGAUUCCUUUGAGCUUAGUUUAUCUGAAAUAAGGAGCCCUGAAGUGGAUUCAAAUAUUGAUCUUAGUGUCUUGAUAAAAACUCCAGAGUUUGUCCCAAAGCCUGUAGUUGACCCAUCAGUUGCUCUAAUACCAGACACUAAGGUUCUGAAUUCAAAAUUAGGGAAACCUUCCAAUACUACAAAGGACAGUACGAAAAACAAAAAAGUCUCCCUUGCUAGGAAAGCUCCUCUGUCUCUGCCGUGGACCAAGGCCCUUGCUGCUAGGCCUUCAGCUUUCGCUUCUACGCUGUGUCUUCGUUACCCACUGAAAAGCUGCAAGAGGCGCACUCUUGAACUCUACAAGACUUUCCUUUAUAGCAGACAAGUUCAAGAUGUAUCGGACAAAGAAAUAAGUCCUCUGGUAGCAAUAACGCCAUUUGACUUCAAAUCAGCAUCUCCUGAUGACAUUGUGAAAGCUAAUCAAAAGAAAGCAUUUACUAGAGAAUAGGAACAGAAGGAAAGCUUGGCUACUGUUGUAAGCUUUUAAAUCUCAAUGGAAAGUUUUUGUAGGAUCAUUUUAUAUUAUGAGAUUCAUUGUGAUUUUUAUUAAAAUUGUCUUAAGUCCGUCCAUUAUAACAACUUAAGUCAAGGAUUUUUUGCACUGAGAAUUUUUUUAUGAUGUCUUGGAGUAAUGACUGUUUUCAUUUAAAUUGCUAGCUCUCAAGAGUGUAUGUUUACAAUGUGCAGGUGGAAACAUGUUAUUGUGAAUUGGACUUCAGAUAUUUCACUUGAUAUAUAACUUUCUUAAGUUUUUUUCUAUGAAAUAUUUUUGUCCUUUUUUUUCCUAAAUGAAAGUGCAACUACUUGGGAUUGUCAUAGUAUGAAGAUUGUUCUCAGGAUAUAUAUAUAGCAUAGCUAAGACAUGCUUUAUUUUCAACUAUUAUUUGUAUCAUUCCUGUUUCAUUGUUUUACUUAGGUGACUACUAAAACUUUCCUAUUAGAAAAACUUAAAAUUCUUGAUUUUUGCAAGUACUAUGAAAUAUGGUUAAGGUAAAUUUUUGAUGAUGAAAUGAAAAUGUUUUAAGGGACCAUGUAUAUAUUAGAAUUGGCUUAAUACAUACAUUAUUUUUACACAUUAUAUAUUUUAUAGGUUUUUAAGGUAUCCUCUUUAAAAUAAAUGUGUAGAACAUAUUUGGAAGUAUGUUUGCAUGUUAUUUAAAUAGUUAUACCAGAUCUCUGACAGUUGCUAUAGAGUUAAUAAUGAGCUAUAGAUCCCUCCUUUUUGCUCCUGAUGGCUGUGUGCCCAGCACUCCAGUUCCACAGUGGCCCAGCCCGCGAGAGUGCUUGUGCCCAGUAGGGUAAACAUACUUCUACAGCAUGGCUCCUCAGGUAGAACUAGGAGUCACCAGAGAAUAUUUUCUAAACGGAGUCACUGUUGCUACUUUUCAGAUUGGCUGAGUAGGUUUCUGAGGGAGGCCCUUGGGAGUGUAUUUUCUAGAUGAUACUUAAUGUAGCAAGUGAUACAUAUGUUUGCUUUUCCUGGAGAAUUAUGGAGUAAAAAUUUUGAUGCCAAAUAUAUCAGACCAAGUUAAUUUCUAAUAGUCAGAAAUAUCAAGGACAAGUUACUAAUCAGGGGUAAUUGUCUUUGCCUAGAAUGAUAAACAAUAAUGUUAAUAUUCCUUGCAUAAUGUGGUUUCUUCAUAAGUAUUGAGUAGCUGCCCACUAAACAUUUUUUUUCUGGCAGCUGCUUCACUGUUCUCUGGUUUUGUGUGUGUGUGUGUGUGUGUGUGUGUGUGUUUGUAUUCAGAUUGAUUUUUUCCAGUAGUUUCUGCUGUACAUGAUACUGCCAUAUCCAAUAUUUUACUGAGCCACAAUACAAGUCCCACUAUGUGUUUGUAACUGAUAUUUCAUUGUUUCUAAUGUUUAGGAGAUUAUAAAAACCACAACAUGCAUUUUAGGAUUAGCAUUAAAAUUUGGCUUACCCUUAACCACUGUCUUUGGUUUUCUAGUCUUCUACUUCUAGUAGUUUAGUAGCCCAACUAUUUAGAUGACUUACCAAUUAGAUUUAUGUGCAGGUUUAGAGUUGAAUGUAUUCUGAGAGUUUGUAAUGCGUAAUUACUCCUCAUUGAUUAAGCCCUAUGUGAUUCUCUUUCCAUACAAAGCCAAAUCUUUUCAUACUUGAUCCAUACUGAAGAGUAUGAUAGUAUUAUUUUACUUUUUAUGAUGGAGUAUUUUUUAGGAAGAAAAACAAUACUUUGUAAGCUAUACUUAGUUAGGUGGACUAUGUGCACUUGUCGGCUGAUUAGGAUUGAAACUACCAGUUAGAUUUUUUUUCUCAUCCAGAAAAGGUUCAAACACACACACACACACACACACACACACAUACAAAAUUACAUUUACAUGAUAUAUAUGUUACAUAUAUAUAUAUAUAUAUAUAUAUAUAUAUACACACACACAUCUAUAAAAUUUCUUUUAAAAAAUAACUUUCUAGCCUUCCUAUUUCUCUUGACUUGGCUCCUAGUCUGGCAUGUGCUUAUUAACAAAGUCUUGCUCUUCUGACUUAGGAAUGUCACAGUUUCUAAGACUCAGAGUGAGGCUGAGUGUCUCUCUGCUGUCACCCUUGCCAUGGUCCCUGGUGAAGAGCAGGGUGUGCUCAUUGGUAAUGUAAUAGGCCCUUGUGAAUUACAGCAAGUGUGCACCAGCUGCUGCUGUCGUGGUAGCUCAGGGGUGGUGAAUGUGUUAGGUUUACUUGGUUUUCUAUUUCAAAUAUCCAUGUUGACACGCAAAGCCAUCUUUGUGUUAAGAUCAAAUGCCUCCAUUUACAUAGGAAUACAAUAAAAUUAGUUCUAAAUGAUGUAAAAGAUGUUCGAAAUGAUCCCUUUGCUCUUUGUUCUCUUCGUUCUUUACAUGAUGUGUUGUGUCCAUGGGCGUUUUGUCAUUCACGCUGUAAAGGAUGGGAUUCUUCGAGUUGUCUAGAACCACAAAUUCUUUCUAUACAGGCACUGACGCGGUGUCCUGCUUUUCCUGCUUCUCCGGCGUCUUCACCUGUGUGCCCUCUGCUUCUAACCUUCCUUCCUUUUACCCUUUCUCAAAGACAUAGUAAUAGCUAUUAGAGUUGAUAUUGGUAUGGGGCUAUCAUGCAUCUAGUUGUUACCCCAGUGAUAACACCAGGGAAAGGGCUUUGAUUAUAAAAGGAAGCACUUCAGAGAACUCAGUGCAGAGAAAAAGAACGCAUUUGUAAAAUGGCUGCUGUCUUCUAGAUUGGCCUUGACCAGCUUGUAUUUGCAUCAUUAUAUAUUGAAAACGAAUUAUGUAUCCUCAACUUUCUCUUAUGUUCACAAAUGUAUAUAUAUAUGUAUAUAUACAUAUAUUUGUUCAUAAAGUGAGUUCCAUAGUAGCUUAGAAAUUGUUUUCUGUAUUUUAAUAAUGGAGUAUGUAUAAGCAAAGAUAAUGUUGGAUAAAAAGGGAAGAAUUAAUAGGAAUUUCUAUGAUAGUUUUUUAUAUUUGUACCUAUAAUUAUAUAAGACUCUGUAAUUGUGUAACUAAUUUUCAUGUUGUGGAAACUUGUCACAUUUUGAGUAUAUAUAUACAUUUUUAUAAAAGCUACACUGAAAGAAAUUACAAUUCUGAGGUUUUUUUAAAUCAAGUAUGAAAACAUUGUUUACGUAAACAUUAGAAGUGUCUAUAGGAAUUUGGUAUUUCUGAAUGGUAUCUUGAUAAUUUAUCCAGAAAGUACUACUUUUUCAUCUUUUUAUAGACAAAAAACAAUCCACUGGGUGUGAAGAAUUUCUUCCAAUGUAUUCAUUCUUUUUCCCCAUGGGAUUGUGCGUACAUGUGUGUGUGUGUGUGUAUGUGUGUGCUUGUAAUUUUGAUAUUUUAUGCCUCAUAUAGAAACAUAUGCAUUCAUACAGGCUACUGAAUAUUGAUUUCUGAGGUGAUGGUGGAAGGGGGAACAAUCGAGUGCAUACUUCCUAUCUUGUCAUGCCUGACUUAUAUUGUGCUAUUUAAAGCAGAACGUUUUAGAUGCAGGCCUUUAUACCAAAGUGAACAGACAGCCUGAUGAUUCUUACUUCAAAGGGGGGGUGGAUGUAGGCUUCUACUUACAAGUUGCAACACCUGUAACUCCAAAAGAGAUCUCUUUCUUUUUGUCUCCUCUUCUGAAUUGCUCCUUCUUGCUUUUUUUCUGUGUUCAUUAGUAUUGUCCUCUGUUGCUUAGGUUAGAAACCCAGCAUAAUCUUUGAUGCCUUUCUUCCUGGCCUGCUAACUUAUAAUUGAUUGCCACUCUUAGGUCUGACUUAUUAGUAAGCAUUUAUUUAGAUAGGCAUGCAUGUAGAUAACUAGUUCUUAUUAUUUGGGUCAAUUAUAUUGUAUUGAAAAUAUUGCAGUAAGAUAUACUGAGACAUUCUUUGUAUAGGACAUGUAUGAUUACUAUGUCCUGUAAUUGAUAAGCCACUGGUUGCAUGUACACUAAUCACUCAAUAUGUAACUUGGUUUUACAUGUGCCUCUAUUAAAGAGAGAUUAUUUAAUAUGUAUCAAUGCAUCUCAUUACUGCAUUAACAUUGAGCUCGCAGGUGAUUGUUUAACAUAAUACCUCAUCCAAUGGGCACUGUAUUUGCAAUGCAUUUCAUAGUUUUCUGGUGUUCAGGGAUUGUAGACAUGUCAGUAUUCUCCUU